AGACAAAGCUAGUUAGCCUGGACGCUAGCAGCUGUAGUCACUCCAUCAUCAUGGCUGGUCAGGAAGAUCCAGUGCAGCGAGAAAUUCAUCAAGACUGGGCCAACCGAGAGUAUAUAGAAGUGAUAACGAGCAGCAUAAAAAAAAUCGCAGAUUUUUUGAACUCAUUUGAUAUGUCCUGUCGGUCCCGUUUGGCCACCCUCAAUGAGAAGCUCACAGCGCUGGAGAGGAGGAUUGAAUACAUUGAGGCAAGAGUGACAAAAGGAGAGACUUUGACCUAGAGGCCUUCAACGGAAAUGUGUAGCAUGACGAAUCCACCUAUCUGUCCUCCAUCUGAAAGGAAUGAAAGAAGAGUGAUGGAAUACACCUCAUUUUGGGGCACCGUGUCGCUUAUUCUUGUGUUAUAUGGCUGAGAUUUGUGUUAUUUUAUCUUGUGUAUAUAUCUUAAAAAUAGCAAAACAUGAAGGUAUUAUUCGUCUGUCUUGGGUAUCACUGAUUCAAAGGUAAUAAAUGAUAAAUCAGAAUAACUUCCAUAUGUUUUAAAACAAUAUAUAUAUGUCAACUUAAAUUAUGGAUCUGAUUCCAGCUCAAUUUGUUGAUCUUCCGUGUUGUCAUUAAUGGAAUGGGAUAUGAAAGAAAGGGGAACAUUCCUGUGUGCCAUACUGAAAAAGUAAGUAAUUGUAUGCUCUUUAAGGAGUUGCUGUACAGUGAACUGUUUAGUGAUGUUUUGGGAUAUAAAUAUUGUAAUAAACCAUAAACAAGGA